GUUUUGCUUCACUUUUUCCUGGGGUCUUUUCUCAUCCAGAUUUUCCAAUUUUUCCUCCUGGCGCUCGGAUCUCUUCCAGGCCGCUCGCCGCUCGGGCAUGGCUCGUCGCUCCCACAUGACUCCCUUGACUGGUCAGUCCGUGCAGAGAAUGCUGCUGGAGCCAGGCCCCCGAUGCCGCCAGUGGCCACAUCAUCCGAUAUCGAUGGACGCCAGAAUCCGGGGGAUGGUGUGAUUCAUAGGUUGCCGUUAACUGCUUAGUCGACAAGUCUUUUCGUGGUACGCGUUACUUGAUGGCAACUUCGCCAUCCGCCCCAAAAUGAAAACAAUGACACAAAACUAAUCUUCUCAUCCUUUCAUUCUAUUUCCAUUACCCUCAUCUUUCCUAUACAAGGCCUUUUCCUUGCAUAUUUUCCUGGUCUGUGGAGUUGGCCGGCUUAGCAACCUGUAUCCUUAGCACCUCAGUUGAACACUCAUAAGCACGCCAUGACAAUGACACCUUCCGCCUUUCUAAGGCGGGCACACAUCAAACAACUCCCGACCCAUAAUACUACAGCACAGAAAGAAAAGAACAACGAAGUCACUGUACACCUACCCUACUUACUGGUACCUCCAGAAGACAUGCUCUCCGAGAGAAAGUUCUCCUACGCUUCGGUCAAAGAAGAACAAGGUCAAGGAAUCCCUCAGUCGUUUGAAUCCUCCCUGUCGAGCCGAGACCUUGAAGAAGUCGAGUGGAUAGCGUGGCCUUGUAGUCAAUGGUGCAAGACAAAGGGCCUUUGUUCAUACCAUGUUGGUGGAACACAUGAUGAUUACGUGCGGACAAGGCUAGAAGGCUAUGCUCGCAGCAACCCAAGGAAGCUGGAGAAGAUUCUGGACGAACUUGACAAGAGGAGGGAUGCACAGAAACUCUUCAACCUUCCAGACGCCAAAGAAAUUACCCUGGUCCAUCCACGCCCAGCCAGUUUCAGCCUCGAUGUAUGGAGGGAAAAAGUCAGAGACGCUGUCGGAACCAGAGACUUUACUCUCGACGGCACCAACGAGGCGGCGAUUUUGGACGACGAUGAUACUCUAUCGCAGGCUUCAGACUGGAGACAGACCUCGUAUCUCGAGUCCAUGCCCAUCGAGAUCCUGGAAAUGAUCCUAUCCCGCGUCACAGUGGAUCACACAGCCGACCCAUACGCACGACCACACGUCGACCUCGCUUCCUGCUCGCUGGUCUGCAAAAAGCUCUACGAUGCAGCCGUGCGAGUCAUGUACCGCCAUGUCUCGAUUCCUCAGUCUCGAGCCUUUUCCAAACUCAUGCGCAGCCUCAACAACGACAAAUCUCUAGGCGAACUCGUCCACUGGCUCGACUUCUCCCACUACUCGAACAUGGGCUUCGGAAAGGCUCGCACGGCACGCAACCAAACACCCUUCCUCAAACCCGAAACCCUGCUCGCUUGUCUGGACAUGGUGCCUAAACUUCGGGCCUUCUUAGUCCACGAACAUGUCGACGACGAACUCGAUAGGAACAUCUUCACUAAACUGUUCAGCAUGCCUCGGCUGCAGGCCCUCGACUUAUGUGCUUGCUCAUCCCGCCCGUUCACCGAGGCCUUCACAAGCGUUGUCACGCAGCUCUCAAGACAGGCACCAUUACCGAACUUGAAGCGCAUUUCGCUCCAUGAAUGUACGACGCUUCAAGAAGAAGUCUUCGACGCCCUCCUCCCGCGCCUCACGAACCUCACACACCUCGAUGUCGCUCACACAUUCAUAAACGACGCGGCGCUUCUCUCGAUCCCUCCCACCGCACGGAUCACACAUCUCAACAUCGAGCGCUGCACACAUUUGACCGGUUCUGCAGUUGUCAAAUUCCUCACUACACACCCCGCCGUCAAGGACAGUGUCGUGUACUUGAACCUCGCAGCUGAUGCAAGCAGGCACAGACUCCUCGCCGAAGCCGACGUAUCUAAACUACUCGCAGCUCUCCCACCGACACUGCGGUCUCUGAACCUCAACGGCGCGCGUAUCAACGCAAGCCAUAUCCCCGCUUUGCGCAAGCUAGCGACGCACGUGGAGGAACUGGGCCUGCGCGGCGCACAGUUGAGUCUCGGAGCCGACAUCAAGCCGCUCCUGAAGCAGCCUCAUGCGGUACGCUACUUGGAUCUCACGGACAUCAAGUCGGUCACGCAGAUGAGCCUCAGCUACAGUCCGAGCAGUCUGACCGACUUGGAUACACUGCCGUUGGAGGUCGUGGAACUAGGUCAAGAUGUGCUCGGCGAGGUCAAGAGAAGGAACGCCCACGUGAAGAGGCCCGAGUGGGUCGUUAAGGAAUUGGGACGGCGCGGGUGGUUUGCUAGACAGCCCGUCGAAUCCGAUGGCGAGGUGGCCGUUGACGACGGCAGUCGCGCUUGGAAGAUGGGCGCGCGCUGGUGGGGGAUGCGCAAGGUGCCUGUUGUCGAGCAGGAUGUUGGCGGCAUGUAUGGCUAUUUCAUGUUCAAACGGUCUUGAAGACCAGGAAAUUAUGGUUGGGCUCGCUACGAUUUUUGCCCGGUUCUGUGUUCUGAGUCCAGCUGGCAUGGAUGUUCGGCGCUUCGGUUCGAUUUGCUUCAGUUCGGCUUGGGACAUCCUCAUGACCAAGGCGUGGACGUCUCCUUGGAAGACAUUCUCGCUUCAUGGCGUUAUACAAGAGCACUGGGACCUGGAUUUGGGGAGUUUAAGCAUUGAGCGUUGCAUGCAGGAUUUGGUCUCUGGACAAAAAAGUGGGUUCUCCUUUGGGCAUGGCAUGGCUUGGAUAUGGUUUUCAUGAAAACAUACUGGCACAGGUCACGAAUAAUACCUGAACGAAGUAAUGAUUACUGACGAUGAUCACGAGCACGGGCACGGGCACCAUCAUUCCAGCAUGCAACUACACGAUUUUUCAUGUGUAGGAACGAAUACAUAGUCAUAACAAAUGUUUUCAUCAU